AAAAUCAGCAAUAACUGUCCCUCGUCAUGGACGGUGCUCCACCAACUACCAACCCAUCAUCAUCCCCUCCGGAUCUCCAAAUUCCCUCCACUGUAAUUUGAACCUCCUCCUCUCUUCUUCUUCUCCUGAGAAUUUGUGCUUCCAUGGCGAUGGUGUCCAGAUGAUCUCGGAACUCAAACUCAUCCAUGGCAGUGUGCUGUAGCCUCUCCCACUUACCAAACUCUUCUCUGUCCAUCUACCACUUAGCCCCCACGCUCUCACCUACCAACCCACCUUGCCCAACUCCCAUCAAAACCUUGAACUCCUCUCCAAAAACAAACCUUUUCGUCUGCUGACAAGACCAGACCACACCUCCUCUCUCACUCUCUCUCUCUCUCUACCCAUACGCCUUCCAAUGUCGCCGGCCGGAAUACUCGCCGGGAUAUGCCUCCUCGCGGCCCUGUACUGCGGGCUCGACCCGCUCGGGCGGAGCGCGGUAGCGAACUUCCCGGACUUCGAGGCGUACAAGGUCGACAUGCCUCCUUGGUCGGACGUGCCCACCGAGAGGGACGCCGAGAACCUGUUGCAGAGGUCGGAGAUUAAGUUUCUGAACCAAAUACAAGGGCCCGAGAGCAUCGCCUUCGACCCGGCGGGUCGCGGGCCCUACGCCGGCGUCGCCGACGGCCGUGUCCUGUUCUGGGACGGCGAGUCUUGGAAGGACUUCGCCUACACUUCGGGGAACAGGUCAGGCCUGUGUGAUCCAAAGCCAUCUCCUUUGAGUUACUUGAAAAAUGAGCACAUUUGUGGAAGGCCCUUGGGUCUCAGAUUCGACAAGAGAACUGGCGAUUUAUACAUUGCAGAUGCAUACUUUGGGUUGAUGAAAGUAGGUCCUGAAGGUGGAUUGGCAACCUCACUCGCAACUGAAGCCGAAGGAGUUCCUCUGAGGUUCACAAACGAUCUUGACAUUGAUGAAGAAGGGAAUGUCUACUUCACAGAUAGCAGUACCAAGUACCAAAGGAGGAACUUCCCACAGUUGGUUUUUUCGGCAGAAGAUAGUGGAAGGCUUCUGAAGUACAAUCCAACCACGAAGGAGACCACGAUUCUAAUUAGAAACCUCCAGUUUCCAAAUGGCGUUUCAUUAAGCAAGGAUGGAUCCUUCUUGGUGUUUUCUGAAGGCGCCACUGGCAGAUUAAGGAAGUUCUGGUUGAAAGGCGAGAAGGCAGGGACUUCUGAAGUAUUUGCCGUUCUACCCGGGUUUCCUGACAAUGUCAGAACUAACAAGGAUGGCGACUUUUGGGUGGCGAUCCACUGUCGUCGAAGCAUGUACUCUUAUUACUCUGGUCUCUACCCAAAAUUCAGAAAACUUUGGCUCAAGCUCCCCAUCUCAGUGAAAACGCAGUUCCAACUCCAAAUUGGUGGCCGACCCCAUGCUGUGGUCGUGAAGUACAGCCCGGAGGGUAAGCUCGUGCAAAUUCUGGAGGACAGCGAAGGGAAGACCGUCAGAUCAGUUAGUGAAGUGGAAGAGAAGGAUGGGAAGCUGUGGAUGGGCAGUGUUCUCAUGCCUUUUGUUGCUGUUUACAGUUUAGCUUGAGGCACUGUUUAGCUCUUACUCUUAUGACCAAAAUAAACCAUUAUAGGCUCACUCCUAAAGGCAUAACAGCUCAUACUUGAUGCUUUCUUUCUGUUCUGUUCCUUUACUCAGAUCAACUUACAAUCGAUUGAGUUUGUUUGACAUAGAAGGGUGUUUAAACUUGACUCAUAAUUCAGGACAUUUUCGUGUAUGAA